UACUUAUUAUGAAAACUAACAAAUAAUAAUCAAGGUUUUGCCAAUAUAUUAUAACCACUGCAGGACUGUAGUUAUAAUAUACUGAGUGAUAGGGAGAAUGUGCAUGUGGAAUCAGACGGGAUAGGAUGUUACAAGCAAUACGAUUUAACGAAGAUAUAUUAUAUUACAUUAUAUAAUAUCUUUCUGAAAACAGUAAAACUCAUAAUCCACGAUGCUGGUGAUGUGUAGAAUGUGACGUUGUGGAGCUAGGAACUAGGCCAAGGCAGCCAAUUGUGAAGGACUCUUGAUGAAUAUAAGGGUAGGUAUCCUUGGGAUUCAAAGGGGAUGAGCCACAGCGGGGAGGCUAUUAUACACCGUGACCGCAUCAAUAAUUUUUACCGUGUAGGUACACCCACGGGUUCAUAUACAUCAUGAAUUAAUAAGUAACAACGUACCUAUAUGAGAUAUAUAUUUACAGCCGGUAAUAUUAAAGUAUUUCGUCGUCGUCGACACGUGCUCGAGCAUUUAUUAUCGUCGCAAAAUGUGUGUAAACAAUCGUCACGUCGCGGUCGUGAUAAUUGCGCACGCGCGACGCUCACGUCUAGCAGGGGGAGGCAAAUACUUCCGCUAUAAUAACGAGGCUAGUACCGCGGUCUCUCUCGAUAUAGGUAGACCUAUAUAUUAUUUUAAUAUUAUUGUCGGCUUACUUAUGUUAUUUUGUCCACUCGGCUACCGGCGUUCGAGUGUCGGCGACUGGUUAUAAUAUUAUUAUUCGCCCGAAUCUGCGAUGGUCACAAUACUGCACGUCAUCCGCGGAGUGUGCGCGUGUGCAUAAUAAUAAUAAUAAUAAUAAUAAUAUUUAUAAUUAUAAUUAUAAUCAUCAUAGCAGAGUUAUUGUAACAGUGUCGCAUCGAUCUUCCACUCGGUUAGUUGGAUUUCCAUGCACUUCAGCUCUCGUUGAACUAUGCCAAACAUAUUAUAUUAUUAUAAUUCCCGCGGUGUUACGGCCUCACAAAACAUUUUACCAAUUUAACAUUUUUUUUGUCGGAUUAUUUACGCCUUAGUUUCGUUUUUACAUCAUAAUUGGAUCAUCGAGGAACGAACGGUGCUAGCUGAUGGUGAGACUUAUUUGUAUCAAGAUGAUAGCGUGAUUUAUACGUCGGAUGUGCCGCGGAGAGAGGAGAGACGGAGGUAUUCUUAACAUGUGUUCGUCGUCGCUGACGGCGGCCAUCCGCCGAAAGUUUGCAGCAUCAGACAUCACGACCGUAAUAGUGCGAAACCGAAUUUUGAUAUAUUGCUGCAAAUCAAAUUGUCUGCAGAGUUUUGGCACGCUGUUGAUGACCGUCUCACUGACAUUGAGUCUGGCGAACGUCAUACGACUGCCCCGGAUGGUGUUUCUGUACGGUGGCGGUACAUUUUUGGUAUCAUAUCUCGCGGUUGCCAUUGUGUUUGGAGUUCCUCUCUUGUUUUUGGAGAUAACGCUCGGUCAGUUUUGUCAACAGGGCACCACCAAGCUAUGGAGAGCCGUGCCUCUGCUAAAAGGUGUCGGGUUCGUCAAAGUUUUGGCGUCCGUGUUACUUGCAGCGUACUACCCGAUAAUCAUGGCAUUAUCGUUAUUUUACGGUUCGCGCAGUAUCAUCGGAAGUAUCCCGUUUCCGGAAUGUAGCAAUUCCAUUAGCUUUUAUCAAGGAGUGAAUUCUAACGCUAUUGGUAGUGACCAAUGUCUUCAACAGACUUUUAUCAAACCACCGCACUUGAGCUGGCAGUGGAUUGCGAUGGACGUUUUGCUUAUACUACUUAUUUGGAUCAUAGUCGUAAUAAGCCUGAUAAAAAACAGUAAAUCCUAUAGAACAGUGGCAUUACUUGUCGUACCUGCAACGUUUGUAACGAUUGGGGUUUUAUUGGUCAAAGGACUUAACGCAAAUCAACGAGGAUUGGAUAUACUGCUAGACAUUCAAUGGGAAACUUUAUGGAAACUAGACAUAUGGUAUCAUGCUAUAGUACAAUUUUUAUUCACUACUCAUUUGGGAUUUGGUAAUAUCACAACUAGUGCGGGUCGACUGUACUCAAAGUCUAAUCCUUUUUGGACUUCGGUAAUGCUUACGGUGGUCAGCAUCGUAGUCGGCUUGUGUAGCGUUUCAAUAGUUACAAUGUGGAUAUAUGACAUGCAAUUACAAGUUGGACAAAAAAUGCUGUCUUCGACGGCUCUAUCGGAAGUCUGGUUCCUGACAUUUGUGUACGAAUUGACGACCAGAGGCAUCCUAUCCGAUCUGUGGGCCGCUUUGGUCUAUGCAUUGGUGUUCCUUUCCGGAUUCCUGAGUCUGAUAGCGGCCAUUUACACUGCCAUCGUAGGGCUGUCUGUAGAGACCAAGGAAAAAUGGAAGUGGUGGAUAUUGACUUGCAUGGUCUGUUUUAUCGCCUUCUUGAUGGGUGUCCUGUGCCUUUUGCCCGAAAACCUUCAAGCCGUUCAUUUGCUGGACGAGUACAUCAUUGGUCGUAUGGUGGUCACAUCCACGGUGCUGGAACUAAUUGCUUUCGUCUGGAUCUACGGGCUGGAAUCGCUAUCCAACGACUUCGAGUUUGUGCUUGGAUACAAACUAUGCUUCGUUUGGAAAUGUGUGUGGCUGGGUACUCCGAUUUUGUUUAUGGGGUUUGAGUUUUGGAGUCUGUUCGUGAUGCCGCUAACUGAGUCUGAUUAUAGCUCUCACGAUUCCAUGUGGCUGUACGUGAUCGGUUGGAUCGUUUACCUGUUCAUGUGGUCGAUGAUUAUCGGUAUAGCCGUGUGGCAGAUAUCUGCUCAGGUGGAUUACAACUUUUCCCAAAAAUUCCUGAGCACCAUCAAACCUGCUCGGAACUGGGGUCCGGUGGACCCAAUAUAUAGACACUGUUGGGUGCAGUGGAAGAAACAGUAUCAGGUGACAGGUGAGAGGGACUUCACGCUGCGGCGACGUGGUACGAAGGACUAUACGCAUUCUAUCAAGCGGGGCAAACACGCUGCACCUCCAGGCACAGCAUAUAGUGUCAGCCCUACGUCGUUGGACCGUACGUCAUCAUGUUACAGUAUAGAUGGUGUUGGAGGUUUGUCUCGUCAGCACUCUUCUGAUCAACAAUCACAACAACAACAACAACAAAAAAACCUUCAUCAGUAUCACUACAACCACACAAUGGCCGACCAAAGGCGAUGGACCGCCGCGGAACCCAAAAACAGCGGCGGGAGUUCUAUCAAUUAUAUGUGACCAAAGCGACUAGUUUUUAUCAUGUGCGUUGUAGUUAUAUUAUAAUACGUUAGGAUAUUUUCUUUUAUUUAUUUAUAUGGAAAUGAUAACGUAUUGAAGUGUCUGAUUUGUAUGAUGUUUUUUCUCUACUUGCGCAUUAUGUUAUCUUUUGAAUUUUUAUAUGACAUAUUAUAUUAUGAACUAUCCUUAUUUUAAAAAGAGUUAAGAGAGACUUAUAUACUUUUGUUUUGUUUUUUUUUUUACAUUUUUACUCAACAAAUGUGUGCUACAACUAAUAUUGUUUGUUUUAAAUUUAACCAUGGUAUGAAUGUUUUAUGUCCACAUCAAAACCAUUGAAUUAUAUUUAUCAAAUAUUAUCUAAGUCUCUCCAAAGUUUAGAGUAAGGUAUAGGAUUAAUUUAAAGUUACCAUCAUUGAUAAACAUGACGACUUUUGUUGUAGUCUAACGACAGCUGGUUUUAUUUACACGUGUUUUUAAAGGACUGAUUUGUACAUAUUUUUUUUUAGAUAUUAAAGUUGUUCAAAGGUUUAACAUGUA